CGCGGAGCGACUCCUUGCUCGCGCCCUCGGCGCUUCUCGCUCCCCUGCGCCCCGCCGGGGGCACCGGCCGGCGCCCUCGCUGCGUGGCUGCGGGCUCCGGCCUGGCCGUGGGAUGUUAGCGGUGGGGGCCAUGGAGGGCACCCGGCAGAGCGCGUUCCUGCUCAGCAGCCCGCCCCUGGCCGCCCUGCACAGCAUGGCCGAAAUGAAGACCCCACUGUACCCUGCCGCGUACCCCCCGCUGCCUGCCGGCCCCCCUUCCUCCUCGUCCUCCUCGUCCUCAUCAUCGUCGCCCUCCCCGCCUUUGGGCGCCCACAACCCAGGCAGCCUGAAGCCCCCGGCCGCGGGGGGGCUCUCAUCCCUGGGCAGCCCCCCGCAGCAGCUUUCGGCCGCCACCCCGCACGGUAUCAACGACAUCCUGAGCCGGCCCUCCAUGCCCGUGGCCUCAGGGGCCGCCCUGCCCUCCGCCUCGCCCUCCGGUUCCUCCUCCUCCUCUUCCUCGUCCACCUCCGCUUCCUCGGCUUCGGCUGCUGCCGCCGCCGCCGCGGCUGCCGCUGCCGCCGCCUCCUCCCCCGCGGGGCUGCUGGCCGGCCUGCCCCGCUUCAGCAGCCUGAGCCCUCCGCCGCCGCCGCCCGGGCUCUACUUCAGCCCCAGCGCCGCUGCCGUGGCCGCCGUGGGUCGGUACCCCAAGCCGCUAGCCGAGCUGCCCGGCCGGACGCCCAUCUUCUGGCCAGGAGUGAUGCAGAGCCCGCCCUGGAGGGACGCGCGCCUGGCCUGCACCCCUCAUCAAGGAUCCAUUUUGUUGGACAAAGACGGGAAGAGGAAACACACGAGACCCACUUUCUCAGGCCAGCAGAUCUUCGCCCUGGAGAAGACUUUCGAACAAACGAAAUACCUGGCGGGGCCCGAGAGGGCUCGCUUGGCCUAUUCGUUGGGGAUGACGGAGAGUCAGGUCAAGGUCUGGUUCCAGAACCGCCGGACCAAGUGGAGGAAGAAGCACGCGGCCGAGAUGGCCACCGCCAAGAAGAAGCAGGACUCGGAGACCGAGCGGCUCAAGGGGGCCUCGGAGAACGAGGAGGAGGACGACGACUACAACAAGCCCCUGGACCCCAACUCGGACGACGAGAAGAUCACGCAGCUGCUGAAGAAGCACAAGUCGGGCGGCGGCGGCGGCGGGCUCCUGCUGCACGCGGCCGAGAGCGAGGGCGCGGCCUGAGCGCCACCGCCGCGACAGCGAGGGCACCGAGGCCGCGGCGCCCCUCGCCGGGCCCGCCCGCCCGGGCGCGGCUGUUUUCUGAGAUGUACAUAUCUAUUUUUUUAACCUAGAAGCGGACGGGUCGGGGGUGGGAGAGACUCGGGGGUGGACAAGACGGCAGGAAGGACCACGAAAUGCACCGCGUCCAUCACGGGGCUGACACUCGCCGCUGACCUCCCUCCCCGCCCGCCGGGUCCCCAGGCCCGUCGCCCGGCCCCACCUCCGCCCCCUGGCCGGGCGGGCGGGGCGCGGGGAGAUGUUCGCGAAGGGUCGAUGCCCACCGCGCAGGAGACCUCGGAGCCCCGUGGGCGGGCGCCCGCCGCGGAUGGGAAGAGGGACGGUCCCCCCCACAAACUGCUGUGCCGACUAAAGUAACCUGUUGAAGGCUCUUUGUAAAUAAAUCGUGAGUCACACUGACUAGAAGUUACUUUAUUGUGAAUAUUUAAAAUGUAAAAUGUUUUUUGGAUUUGGUAUAAAAAGAUGGACCUCCUUCUUCCUUCUACCCUUCCCCUUUUAAGAGCUAUUCAAACCACACGUUCUCUUCCUUUUUUGAACUUAAUUUGAGACGCUUAGAAAAGAAUCUUCUCGAUCUCCUCUCCUCUCGCUCCCCUCCCCUGGUCGGAUUUGUUCGAUCUCUCUUUUCCCUUCGUCCCUUCUUGCUGUUCCCCUGGCCACCCGCUGGCCCCGCGCCCGGCUCCCGCCUCCAGGACUUGAAGUAGAAGACAGGGGAACCAGGGAAGGCCUCAGACCUGCCUCUCGGUUCUUCUCGGAAAUUGCACAGUCGUUUGUUGCUAUUUAUUAGUGAUUUGAAGAAAGUAUUGGGGAGGGAGGGGCUACAAUAGCUUGUAUUUAAUUUAACUCCUUUCUGAUAAAAAUUCGUGUUAAGGUAGAUGGUGGGAAUUGUUACAACUUCUCUGGGUCAGAAACAAAAAUCCAUUUAGUUGCUGUAAUUGAAUUUGAAGUGUUUUGUAUCAUAAGAAUACUAUAGACUAUGUAAAUUGUUUUCUUUUUUAAGCUAAUAACGGUGAUAUAUUAGCAUCUUUAACCUUUAUUAAUUUAUAUAAGGAAUUCGGUUUGUAAAGAGAAGAAAACCCCCUUUGCAAGACCAGUUAAAUGUAAUGCACUUUCUGUUUCAAAGGAUAAAUCAAAUUAAAAAACAGUUUGAAGAUG